AAUGUAUGUGAUGGAGGAGUGAUAGCGCAGCAGCAGCAGCAACAACACUGCCUCAUGUUCCUUACACUGUGAAGUAACAAUUAUCAUCACAUUUACCCUUCACCCUGACGUCUAGUGUCAAGGAGGGAGACAUGAAAUACUCGCUGAGUGCCACUGUGUGCCUCUUGCUGCUUUAUGGUGCAGCUGGCAGUGUAACGGGAGAGCCACUGCCUGUUAAGAGAGGUGUGGAAAGUAGCUCCAUAGUGAAGACCAAGAGUACACUGGUGAAACUUAUUGAUGAAGCAGACUGUAAGGAAGACAUACAUCGUAUAUGUAAAGAUGAUGUGCGCAAUAACUUCGCCGUCUUGGAAUGUCUGCAGAAUGAACGAAGGGAGAUCCGUGAAGUCAUCACUGACAAAUGUAAUCAUCUUCUGUGGAAUUAUAAAAUGAACCUAACACGCAGUGGACGAAUAGAGGAAUUGGCCAAAGAUGUUUGUGAAACAGAGCUCAAGCAGUUUCAUGACUGUGAAGUGCAGUCUACUCCUGGUCAUACCAUAUCUUGUAUGGCAGAAAAACUUGACCAGAUUAAGGAUGAGCGUUGUCGUCAGUACCUUCUUCGCCUUGCUGCCAUAGUCUUUAGUGACUUUCGCUAUGUGGAGAAUAUGGUGAACAACUGUAAAGAAGAGAUUGAAAAAUUCAAGUGUGGGCGUGUGGAUCCUGCUCAGGAAGGUCAACCCCACUCCCAGGGCUCCACAAUUGAGUGUCUUUCAAAUCACGCAAGUCAGCUUGGAUCACCAUGCCAUAAACAGAUUCUUAGAUUAGCUGAGCUUCAGUCUGAUGACUUCCACCUUGAUCGUGCACUAUUUUUUGCAUGUCGUGAAGAUCGUGAAAAGUUCUGUGAGAAUAUACGAUCUGGAGAGGGUCGUGUCUACAAGUGCCUUAUGAAACACAAGACUGAACGAGGAAUGAGCAAGGAGUGUGUUGAUCAGAUAUCACGGAGACAGCAGUUGACAGUGCAGGACUAUCGAGUGAAUCGAGGAAUUGUCAGAGCCUGUAGGACUGCUAUCUCUGAGAAUUCCUGCCGGAAAGGAAGUUCUGAUGACAUUCAUGAAGUAAAGCUCUCGAGGAUCUUACUUUGUCUUGAGGGUGCUCUUCGAAAAGGGAUUACUAUCGAUGGCGACUGCAAAGAGGAGAUGCUUGCACACAGAAGGCAGUUGAUGGAAGAUUUCAAAUUAUCCCCGGACUUGAUGGUGUCUUGUAAGAAUGAUAUUGAUGAAUUUUGCAAUGGUGGAAUUGAAACUGGUGGACGCACUCUGCACUGUCUGAUGAAACGUAUUCGUAACCACAACCCUCGUAAGCGUGUCUCAGAACAAUGUAGAAAGGAGUUGGAAACAGUGGUUAAGGAAUCUGAUGCUGGUGAGGAUUGGCGGGUUGAUCCUGUGCUGCACGAGGCUUGCCUUCCUGUUGUAGAAUCUUCUUGCAAGGAUGUUAGAGGAGGAAAUGCAAGAGUCAUGAGAUGCCUUAUGCGCCACAUAGAUUCUCCAGAAAUGCCCUCAGCAUGUGAAGCUGCCCUGUUAGAAAUACAGUAUUUUGUAUCUCGAGAUUGGAAUUUGGACCCCCAGCUUCACAUGGCAUGUGUUGAUGAUGCUGUCAAGUUGUGCAAAGCCAAGAGAGACUGGGCUGAUAGUCCUCCAAAUACUAAUGUCCAGAGAGGGGCUCAAGUUCUCCCAUGCCUGUUUCGUUAUGUUUAUCAUCCAAAACCUCAGUUAAGGGUAAGCUUGCAUGGAUGCACUUUUGUUAUUGAUGACUUGAAAGUUUAGCACAUACAGCAAUUU